UUUCUUAUUAUUUGUGUCACUUAAGCAACUUAAGAUAUUUAAAAUCAAAGAACUAUACUCUAGUAAACGAACUCAGUAGAAUGGAAUAUUUUCCAAAAGUUAUAAAUGCGAGCACGGUUGCGUCACAGUAGUCCGUCAAAGAUCCAGUGUCCACACUUCACGGGCAGAAGUAAACAGUGACGUCACGAAGCGUCAUCGAGGCGAUAAAAAGUCGAUUUUAUUCGCACAAGUUCGGCCAGCUGACUGCGCCCCCCUCCCCGCAGGCCGGCGCUGCACGCACUGAAUUUUCAGUGUGGCGAGAUUUCAGGGCGAGGGAGACGGGUAUAGGCGGAACGGUGCGAGUGAGCGAGACGAGGGUAUGAGUGCGCGCGGCCGCGGGCAGGCGCGGUGGGCGGGCGCGCUCCGGAUGAUGUAUAGAGUGGUGGAGUUAGGUUCAAAUUGGUCCGGGAAGUGGCCGAGAUUAGAGCCAGCGCGGGCCGCAACGCGCCGCGUACGUAAGCCCACUUAAGACUGUUUUUAAUACUAGUAUUUUUUACGCGAUCCCGACAGGAUUUAGCGGAUAAGCGACGUCGCCGCGAUCGUGCGCUUUGAUUUAUCGGUAUCGGAUUCGUAUUUGGUUUGUUCUCUGGUGUAUACGUUAGUGGGUGACGGGCGUGCGCGUGGUCGCGUAAUCCCGCGGCUUGUACCAGAUUAUGACGGAUAUCAUCGGAUUGCGUGUACACAAACUGUGACCCAGCGUGCCGAGGAACCGACCAGCUCGCCAGUGUCACCUGUCCGCGCCGUCUCCGAUAUUUGUCUUGGUCGCAAGAAUGUGGAACCGCGCGUGAUCCGUGAACCGAUCACUUGCGCGCUUGCUUCUUUCCACCACCGUCAGAACAGGCAUCAUCAUUCACCUCCGGGUGUACAAGGAGGCGCUAGCGGCCGGAAUGGAGCCGCUAAGCGAGAACGGGCUCUGUCUAUCGGAGCUCGAGCUGCACGGAGGGGGUCACCUGCACGAGUCCGUGGCCGCGUCCGUGGGCUCCGCGAUCUCGAGCCUCAUGGCCCCCUUGCAUCACGAGCCGCAACACACACCUCUCCAUCAUGCGCCGCCGCUGCAUCAUGAACCGCUUGAAAAGCUCAAAUUAUGGGCGGAGACUGGCGAGUUCCGAGACAGUGGCCACUCAUCAUUGGCGUCAGUUGGCUCAGGAGUUGAGCAGUCAUCCCUCUACGCGCCACCACGGCCGAGACGCGACAGGAAACCCACUGACGACAGUGAGUAUUUUUGCAAUCGUCCGCUAACGUCGGAGCCGACGAUAAAGACGGAGUCAACGACUCCGGGGGUCGGGCCCGACGAGCCUUCGAUGGACGACAAGGGCGACAAGAAAAACAAGAGACAGCGCCGCCAGAGAACGCAUUUCACCAGCCAACAGCUGCAAGAACUCGAAGCCACCUUCGCAAGGAACCGCUACCCAGACAUGUCCACGCGCGAGGAGAUCGCCAUGUGGACCAACCUCACGGAAGCGAGAGUUAGGGUGUGGUUUAAAAACCGGAGAGCUAAAUGGCGGAAACGAGAAAGAAACGCCAUGAAUGCUGCUGCUGCUGCCGCCGCAGAUUUCAAGAACGGGUUCAGCACGCAGUUCAACGGGUUAAUGCAGCCCUUCCCCGAUACUGAUGCGCUGUACUCAUCGUACCCAUACAACAAUUGGGCUGCUAAGGUGCCCAGCCCUCUCGGCACUAAGAGCUUCCCGUGGCCAGUGAACCCACUAGGCUCAGUGGUACCUGCGAGCCAUCACCAGGGCUCAGUGAACUGCUUCAACACGGCGACAUCAAUGGGUGGUGUCGGUGGCGGUGGCAUGGGUGGCGUGGCGGGUACCGGCGGAGUGGCCGGCGGCGUGGCGCCGUGUCCGUACACGCCGCCCAACCCGUACAGCAUGUACCGCGCGGAGCCGUGCGCCGCGAUGUCGUCGUCGAUUGCAUCGUUGCGGCUGAAGGCUAAGCAGCACUCGUCAGGGUUCGGUGGUGGGUACGGUGGAGUGUCACCUGUGUCACGCGCGGGCUCAGCACCGCUGUCGGCGUGCCAGUACGCGGGCGGCGUGGCGGAGCGGCUCUGAGAGGAGGCGCGGGGGCGCGACGAGCGCGAGGCCGGCGUGCUGGCGCGCGCCUCCUAGUCGCCGCCCGCGCCGCGCCCGCCGCCCCUGUACUCGCACCUGUGGGACUGGUUCGACUGACGCGCGCGCAGCCUGCGCCCCGCACCGCCUGUGUCGGUGCCGGACGUUACUUACGAUACCUCGGGCAAUAAAACAUAACGACGUCGUUCUAAACUUGUUGUAAAUAUGUAGUUAUGUAUGUACGUAUACCAAAGCGAUGUGUGCAAUUUUUACAAGCUUACGAUGUACUUAGGUUAUGUAAUGUAAGUGUUUUAGCUUAAAAUCGAAAAUGUAAAUAUAUAAACUUGAUAACUUAUUAAAGACGAAACAAUGAGCAUUUGAGUAAUAGUGAAAUUAUAGCAAGCGUAAGAUUUUAUUUCGAAGUGUCAGUGUUUUGUGUUAUAUUACCAAGGUGAUGUUGUUACUGUAUGCUCCCCUCUCCACUCGAUAUAUUAUCGCGUUACGCAUUUAACACAUGCAUAUCUAAACAUAUAUCAGUAAGGUAACAAGGAGUGCUCCCAAAGUGUGAAGUUAUUGUCAGUUAUUCGAAAACAACAAUGAUUUUGUAACAGUGGGGAUGUAUUUAUUAUUAUAUCAAUCGAGUACCAAAAUUUUGAACCUAUAAAAUAAGCAUAAUCUAAAUUCUCAUUCUAAAACUAAUGUACUUAUCAUGGCUACUGCCACUCUGUAAAUUCAAAUUAAAUAACAUUUAAAUUUUGUUGUACAACAAUUGAAUUUUAAAACCUUCAUGUAAAUAUAGAGUAAUUUAAAAAUAAGAAUGUACUUGAAUCAUGUUAAACGGACAAUUUUGAACCUUAAAUAUAAAGCAAAUAAAGGUCAAUGGUAAUCAUUAAAAUGACGAUUUUAAAUGAAUCCAUUCCUUUUAUUUUAACAAGACCUCAUUUUAGCUAAAGUUUCAAAGUUGAUCGUUAUUACUACCCCGAGAAUUCCGGGAAUAGCAAUUCUGUAAUUAAUACAAUCUUCAAAACCUGUUGUUGGAAGUUGUAGGGACUGUAAUUGAUACUUUUAUUUGAAUAGCAAAAUUGAAUGUCGACAUUUUCUGAGUAAUGAGUACAAGAAGCACUAGUGGGAACUAAGGUUUUUUACCGAAGAAAAAUAUCUUUUUGGUGUCAAACUACUGAACAGUCUAUUAUUUGAAAGUUAAGGCGGAAACAUACAUGUCGUUCACACGCCAGAAACAUAUCGGUAUCGAAACAUACUUGUGUGUGUCGUGUCCUAAAAUACUUGCGGCCGAUUGGGCUAGUGCGAUGGUCAUGGUGCCAUUAUACGAUACGUAAAUAUGUUUCCACCUUUACUGUGAUUGGACUUCAAAUACUUUAUUUAACAUUAGUGCCAUCUGGUGACCACAGAAACGAUAGUCCUUAUUAUAAUUUACUUGCUACGACUGCUACGAGAAAUGCUACGCGGUGCUACGACGAUGCUUAGGUUCAUUAGAAAUUGUUUUAAACAAUAUUUAGUUACUGUAUCUUGAAGUUUUUAUUUACUAUCUAAUGGGUAACAUUGUGAGCUAAGUAAGGCUACUUAAUGAUCGGGUACAUUGAGUUCAUUUUUAAAGUUCCAUUAAAUAUGAAAGUUACUUUAGUAUAUGUAACUAGUGAAACAAUAAGCGAGUUUUACUUUGGAAAACUGAAUCUAAACGCAGUUACUCGUUUAACUCUUAUUUGUAGUCGUAGCACAUAGCAUUUUGAAACAUUAAAACCUAAGAUUUCCAAAUAACAUCCAUUGCUAGAAAUAACCGCUUACACAAUGAGAUUAACGUAACCAGGAUCUCAAUAUUUAUUAAAAUAUUUAUAACUUAUCGCCGUUUAUGGAUGUAAUAAUUGUAAUAUAUUGUAACUAUUUAAAUAUAAAAACAUUCAUUAGAUGUAACGUUUAGUUUAAUACACGAACUAGUAUAACCUACUUCCGUGUGCCUGUAACUGUCAAGGAAACACUAAAUUAUGAAAAAUAAAUAUGUAAAUAUAUAGAUUUGACUUUAAAUAAUAAUAAUAAAUUGAUGUGAAAUUCGAGGUUUUCAUUUUAUACAUAUCAGAACAAAAUAUCUGAACACGAAUACUUUGUUGACGUUAUUUUGUGAGUAACAAUUAAGAGGAUACCAAUUGUUUUGUAACUUAAAAAACCUCUAGUCAUAAUAAAAGAUAUCACAGAGUA